AUACAUGUGCUUUUUAAAGAUUUUUUGACGUAUGAUAGAUAUACAUAACCUCAAAAGGUAAUUCAAAGCGCAAUAAUAAUUUAAUUUCGUUGAAUUUGAAUUUAAAAAUGAAUAAAAUUAAUAAAGAUGAAAAUGAUUCUGGGUCAUUAUUACUUGGAGAACAUAAAUUAUACGACUUAACAACAGCAAAUAAAGUUAUAUUUGAUAUGAAUGAUUUCAAAAAAAAUUUUCGUAUAGUAAUUGUUCGUUAUAACCCAUACGAAAUUGAAUUUGAUUUAAUUGGGAUUCACACUUCAUUAGUAAACUCAAUAAGACGAGUCAUUUUAAGUGAUGUUCCCAGUAUGGCAAUUGAAAAAGUCCAUAUUUAUAACAACACUUCUAUAAUACAAGAUGAAGUGUUAGCACAUCGCUUGGGGUUAGUUCCUUUAAAAGCAGAUCCUAGAUUAUUCGAAUUUCACAAUAAGGAGAAUGCUGAGUAUGCUGAUAACGAGUGUUUGGAAUAUGAAUUAAAAAUUAAAUGUAGCCAUAACAAAGAUGGAAAUAAAGAUUCUGCCUGUGCAAAUGAUUUGUAUAAAAAUAAUAAUGUUUAUUCAAAACAUAUCAAAUGGUUACCUAUAGGAAAUCAAUCAGAAUAUUAUAAAGAAAGUGAUGUUUGUGCGAUUGAUGAUAAGAUAUUGAUUGCAAAAAUGAGGCCUGGACAUGAAAUGGAUAUUAAAUUAAUUGCAGUUAAAGGUAUUGGAAGAGAUCACGCAAAAUUUUCCCCUGUUGCCACUGCUUUCUAUAGGUUACUUCCAAAUAUAAAAUUAAUUAAACCUGUGGAAGGUGAAGCUGCCGAAAGACUACAAAAAUGCUUUAGCCCAGGUGUGAUAGCUAUUGAAGAUAAAAAUGGGAAGAAAGUUGCUAAAGUUAAUAGUGCAAGAUAUGAUAUGAGCAGUAGAAAUAUUUAUAGACAUGAAGAUUUAAGGGAAUCUGUUAUAAUGAGUAAAAUUGAUAAUCAUUUUAUUUUUACAAUUGAAUCUGUUGGAGCAUUACCAGCAGCUGAUAUUUUUAAAGAAGCUAUAACUAUUCUAAAAAAUAAAUGUUUAAGUUUAUUGGAAGAAAUUAGCACUUAAGGUUGUUUAUUCAAACAUUAAUAAUAAAAUAUAAAAAACAAA